AUGUUAACCCACCUGGCCCGCACCCUGUCCCGGCAGCUGACCGGGUUGGGCCGGUCCUCCCUGUGUUGGUUCCCCCACCCUGGGUUCCUCUACAGAGGGCUCUCUUCCCUCUCAGUCACCCCUCGGCUCCUGGUGCCCGGCAGAGCCCCCGGCCUCCAGGCCCCCGCUUCUGCAACCUUCCCCCAGGACAGGGGCUCCCUCCUGGGCCAGUGCCAGCACCUCGCCUGCCUGCAGCCCUGCGCUGGGAUGAAGACCAAGAGUUCUCUGAAACGACGUUGCAAAGACUGCUUCUACGUGCGUCGAAGGGGACGUUUGUUUGUGUUCUGUAAGACACACCCGAGGCACAAGCAGAGACAGGGGUGA